CCCUUAAAAUUCGCAAUUGCUGCUAGGAAAAGUCGUGUCCAACGCACAGCAGCAAUUUGUGAUUGAUUUUCUCCCCAGUGUCGCAUCGUAAUGUUUAUCUUAAUUCAAACAUUUCUCAAAUCAAAAUUUAUUACUUUUUAAACAUUUGCUGUCAUAUGGUGCCCUGCGAACAAUGUUCAUCCAUGCACGUGCUUUGGGAAUACUGAAAUAAUGGAACCGUUCAAUACCAACAGUUGUUGCUCCAUGUGAUGUGAAUAAUUUUCAAUGAAGGAUUAAUUAGAUUUCUUGAUGAAUUAGCUGUUUAAACAAUUUAUCUAUUUGUGUGAUAUGAAUUAUUGAAGAACUCCAAAAAGGGAGUUACCGGUUAUUCGAGUUAAUUUAUAGGUCCAGUUCACAAUGGAUAUUAUUCCAGAGGGCAAACACUUUGUUCUGGUCAAAGAGGCGGAUCUGCAUAAUAUUCUUAAAGUACUGGAAAAAUAUUUUCCCCACUCGGUUAAGUUUCAUCAAACCAUUAGGACGUACCUGACCGAUAGAAUCUGGCAAUUCCAUUUCUAUGUGUGUAAAACAUGGCCAACGGAUCCUGUUUGUUUACAUUUUCCUGGUUGCACGCUGACACCCUACAACAAAAUAUACGAAAGUGUUGGAAUAUUCUGUCCUCCAGAACAACUGGACAAAAUGUAUCUAAUAGAGCAAGAGGAUGUUCUGUUUAACUGGACCGAGGCGAUUUAUAUGAAUUUCACUCACGUAGGCAUAAUGAACAAAAUGGAUGCAAUAUUUCGCACAAAGGUCAAUGGCCAACUUGUAGGGCACAUUUAUGGUGAUAUCUAUGUGCAUGAAUAUUCUGCUGAUCUAGAAAUAGAAUUGGAACCACUCCCAACCAAUGAAGCUGUAAUUCAACCAUUGAGAAUAGGAAAUAUUAAAGAUAUACAUGAUUUGUAUCCUGCUAGUGAUAUCGAGAGCGUCGAGCUAUUUGAAAAGCUGGUGCAUCAGCUUCCAGGCUACGGUGUUUUUAGUAAAACUAAUAACGAAUUAGCUGCUUGGAGCCUUCAAUCUUACUAUGGCGGAAUGUUUUCAAUGCAAACAAAGCCCGAAUUCAGGCGAAAAGGGUACGGUAUCCAACUUGCCCAAGCGCUUACAAAACUAGUCAUUCAACGAGGAUAUGUACCUUUCGUGGUAAUUAGGCCGGAAAAUACGGCUUCACGAAGUCUCUAUACUAAGUUAGGGUUUAGAAAAGCGUUUGAGAGUGUGAGAGGAGUUUUCAAACCGAACACUUUUAAUGUAGAGGAUGACAAAGAGAAUGAGGAGAACCAGAAACAAGAUUCAAACUGUGACAGAGACAAAAAAAAUCGUUAAGCAGAAAAAACUAUUGCUUGAUCUAUCUAUCUUCUGCACACGUAAAUUUUUAUAGCUAGCGUAUUCCGGAUGCAAUCAAUAAACAUUUUGCUUUAUACUCGA